AUGGAUGGCAACCCUUUUGGAAACGUGCCACUGCCACCCCCACCAAUACAAGUCCCUGAUAGAUUCCCUCUCUCUUCCUCCUCUUCGCCGACCCCAACCACGUCCUCUCCGUCUCCCACUCCUUCCGCCGGGGUCCGCUACCGGGGGACGCGGUGCCGGAGCGGAAAGUGGGUGUCGGAGAUAAGGGAGCCACGUAAAACGAAGCGCAUUUGGCUGGGGACUUACCCGACAGCGGAAAUGGCUGCGGCGGCUUAUGAUGUCGCGGCUCUCGCGUUGAAGGGACCCGACACGACCCUUAACUUCCCCAAUUCCAUACUCUCGUACCCGAUUCCCGCGUCAUUGUCCGCCACCGAUAUUCGUGCGGCGGCUGCGGCCGCGGCGCAGGCUAGGAUCGUGAGGGCGCCGCAGGAGAGUGGGGAAACGGUAAACCCUGAUAGUGGACAGGAGUUGGAGAGGCGUGAGGAGUACUAUGAUGAGGAUGAGUUGUUGAACAUGCCGAAUUUGCUUGAUGACAUGGCCAGGGGAAUGCAGGUUAGUCCCCCUAGGAUCAGUUCCUUUUCUUCUGAUGAUUCGCCAGGCAAUUCUGAUGGAGAUAACCUUUGGAGUUAUACCCUCUGA